AUGGCGCAGUUCGUGAUCGACCUCACUGCCUCCGAUGACGAGAAUGAUGCCCACGAAGGAUCGCCUCGCAAGAACGUGCUAGCCUCGUUCAAGCCACGAAAAGAGAAGCGGAAUGAGAAAUCGAAAUUCAAUGAUCGCAACUCUGUUGGAGAGGUCCCCAUAACCUCGGAGAAAGAAAGGGAUACAACUCAGAAUCUCCGUCAAGAGCGAGCUCGUGGGGAUGCAGUAGCUCGGAAAACUGAUGACGAGCCCGCAAAGAAAAAGAUGAAAAUAUGGCAUUCAUAUUCGCCAGUUCCAUCAAGAUUCUCGACGCCACCACUGCCAGCCUCUCGCGGAUUAGAGCGUUCCACUUCUGAAGAGCCAAAAGGAGUAAUGCACACCAGGGAAGGGAACAAGCCCACGUCCGGCGUUCCUUCAGGUCGACCUACCGGCCCGAAUAUGCAUGGACUUCCAUACACCCUCGAAGAGGACCAACUACUUAAAAGGCUGAAAGACGUCGAAUGUCUUUCCUGGGACCAGAUAGGCCUGUACUUCAAUGGAAGGACGCUUGGCUCGCUACAAGUGAGAUACUCAAGCAAGCUUUCCCGUCUGCCGAUGUCCGAUGGGAGCAGGCAAGUAUUACCAAGGCGCAAAAGUGAACGCCCUUCGCUACCCAUCGCAGACAGCACUGAUGGCCUCGAUGAACCGGCUGGUCGCCCAAAAAGACAGCGAAAUAGCACGGCAGCUGUGCCGGAUGGCUUUGUUUCGUGGAGAUCGCUCAAGAAGCCAAACGAUGCCAACGAGAGGCCAGACAUUGACACUCCACUCGCUUUCGAGACGCUCCCAUCUCGUGAUGAGGAGUUGUGUCCUCUCUCGAACAAAGACCUGGCAUUCCCAAGCUCGAUGCCUCGCAUCUUGCGGCAGCGAGAGUUGGGUCUCACUUCCAGGCGAGCGUGGACCGGUUCGCAUGCUACAACUGAAGAGCUGCAGAACCACGUCUUCACCGACUACACUGUCCGGAGGCAGUACGAGAAAAUGUCAGGUGAUGUCAUUUCACUUAGCUGGUCUCCUGACGGGCACCGCUUUGCAGCGUCCGCAAUAGCGAUAUCCGAUGCACGCUCAAUGCAGUACAACAUGUCCCGGAACCUGCUGCUUGGAAAUGAACGUGGAGAGCUUCGUGAGCUCCCGGAACAUCACGUCCCAAGACCAGUUAUCGACCAGCGCGACAAGGACAACGUCAAUGGACUCCAUGCAAUGAGAGCGUCACAAGAUCCCAGGCUCUUCUUAACUGUCGCCGCAACUGCAUUUUCAGCCGACGGGGAAAAGCUAUUCACGGCAGGCACGGACAAAAAGAUGCGGCAAUAUCGCAUCGAGGACGAUGGAGGAGUGCAAUGUCAGGAAAGUGUGGAACAUGAUACGCCUGUCGACCUGCUUGCUGUUCACGGUUCUGUAAGUGACCUUCUCGCUAUUGGCUGUCACUCUGCGUCGCAAAACAUCAAGAUCUAUCGAUCGGGAAAGCGUGCAGAUCUGCUGCAACUCCUCUCGCCAUUUCGAAGCAAUGUACAGUCGAGCGUGCCCAUAUUUCCCUCAGCCCUGAAAUGGGGCGCUGCUCCAAGGCAUCGAAACCUGCUGCUAGCAGGGUUUAGCGGCGACCAAGACAAAGCAAACGCGGGCGAAACAUUGCUCUACGAUGCAGCAAAUGGGACCUCGUUGCCUAUGUCCGGAUCUACCAAGAAUGUUUUCGACGUGGCUUGGAACCCACUCGCCAGUACUGCUUCUAUCGCUUUCGUAGUCGCAUGUGAUCCAAGUGGGGAGAACGUCAGCAGAGGUAUGCGUAGUGUCGUUCAGUGCUUCGCACCAGAUCAAGGUCGAGCAAGACGAAUCCUGACCUGGCAAUGUCCUGCGGUCGAUAUUAAUGAUGUGGCAAUUUGCCCGCAUGACGAUAAUCUGAUCGCCGCCGGGGCUACCAAUGGUGCCGUCUACAUCUGGGAUCAACGCUCGGCUGAUCGCUCUCAGCAACCGCUACACAUUCUCAAACACGGAGUGUCUGAGAAUGUAUUGGCAGAUGAUAGGGACGCGGAACUGGCGGAUACUGGUGUGCGCUUCUUGUCUUGGGGUGCGACGAAGAGUCGCCUAUACACGGGAUCUUCGGAUGGCGUAGUGAAGGUUUGGAAUCCAUAUCGAUCAGGGAGCAAUGCACAUGUGGAUGAUCUCGUGAUCCCGUCGCGGCAACGCUCUGCCGUGAUGUCGGGCGCGUUUAGUCCAGACUAUCGAGAACUGCUGGUAGGGACCGAAAAUGGCCGGAUUGAUUUAUUUAGCAUCGGCGGAGAGGUCGGAUACAGAACGAAACCUUUCAACCUGGUCGAGUCGACAGCGUCCGCGGAGAAGGCAGAGAGCGACCCUUUCAGCGCCGCACAAUCACUCCUCGAAAGUGGCCAGAUCGAAGUGAAGCCUUGUGGCGCGAUGCCGUUCCGGCAAGCAGUACAAGGGCCGAGUUACGCAGGGCCCUACCUCAAACCAUCUUCAGAAGAAUACACAAAGGCGGAGAAGAUUUACCAGCUGGCACUAGAUGAAAAGGCCAAUGCAGACAAGGAGACAGACGAAAAGCGCAAAAGCAAAGCCGGCAAGAAAGUCUAUGAAGCUCAAAUGGCUCUGAGCGAGCUCCAAGAACGACAUGAUCAUCACGAAUUUUCAUCUGCCAAAGCGGAGAAGCUGCAGGAGCAGAUGGCGAGGGCGGAACAGAGGCGAAGAGAGCUCGUUAAGCGCCUGCCUUAUCCAGCGGAGCCAUGUCAGCUCGACUGCGCUGUACUUCCGACUGACGAAGAACCGGAAGACUCGGCGCGCUCCGAAAUGCGCAUACCGGGCAUGCUCCGCUCCGUCGCUCAGUUGGCCUUACAAGCGGAGGACGAAGAGUCUAGCAAUACCUGCGCGUCCUGCUCGCCGCGGAAUGCUCUGAUUGCCAGAGCCAAAGGCAAGAAGACAACUGUAUGCGCUAGCUGCUCUCUGAAGAAGGCACGUUUGACAUCAGUCUGUGAACGCUGCUCUGGUCCCGCGCGUCUUCAAACAGAUAAUGUCAGAGGAUCUACACUUUGUGAGGAUUGCUCUUUCAAAUGCUUCCGUUGCGCCCGGAUCGUCGAAGUGGAUCCGGGCUUGGCCCAUCUGCGAUGCUACUCGUGCGACUUGACGUGGGAAGCGGGCGUUCUUGGAUAUGAACUUCUGACCAGGGGUCGAGCACCAUGGCGAAGAAGUACGAUUGAUGAGGAAUUGGACGAAGAAGAGCUUGGGAAUGCAGAACGCGAGCAUUACGCAUCCUUGUGGCAGGACAAGGAACCGGGAAUGGCUUAG